AGCAGGGGGAGUGGACAGACUAGUCCGGGUUAUUGUUGAUCACGAAACCGGUUUGUUCAUGUUGCAUGUAUUUGUGCGAUGGCGAAAAUGUAGGGAAUCGAUGGCAUGCAGAUUACGCAGCCUUGAACCCUGCGCGUGCAAAUCGUCUACAUCUGCUCGGGAUUUUUCGCUGUCAACAAUAGAGCCACAAAGCGCACGCGAGCGCGCUAACGUUAGAGCCAAAGCCAAGUUUCGUGUUCGGUAUAAAUGGAUAUAGUCUCUGGGCUUUUCAAAUAUUGUUUUGUAUCCUGUUGAUGUAAAUGCUGUAUCGUCAACUUGAACUACAUCGUCUGCACGCGCGACGUCAUGCAGUAGAUGAGUGUACAGGGAAGAUGAAUCGAGGUCAGCUGAAAGGGAAUAACAAAGAGAACCUGCUCUGCAGUCUCGCGAGCAACCAUUAGCGGAAGCGGCGCGUUGUUGUAGUGUUUGGCAUUCGAACUUCGCAGUGUCGCUCGAGACGGUUAUAGCGGAGGCACAGAAACCGACAUUUAGCCAUUUUGUCGGACUUUCACUGGAUAAAAAAUACGUUAAGCGAGAGACUUUGAUCUUUUCACUUGCUUCGCGCCGGAUAAACGUACUUUCAAAUACUGAGCACGCGCGUUUGGGGAAUUGCCGGUUAAACCUGGAGUUGGCCGUUGGUUUUUCACCGAUAACUGAAGAAGAUGACGACGACACUUAACAUUAUGUGAAUCAGAUGCAUCGGUGAAACUUUGUGCUCUGGCACGACCUCGGAGUUGAAAGUGAUUAUCACAUUUAUCAGCAGGCUACUGCCCUGCCCCCUCAGGAGACCCCCUAUGUGGAUUGAAUACACCCCACAGUUUCACACAGGAUGGAUGAGCUGGAUGUGAAGUCUCCUUUUUGUCAUUAUCAUCAUCAUCAACAAUGUAUUUUGAUCUGUGCAUGGAUCCUGCGUUACUUUUAUCACCAAGCACUUCCUGUGCUCCUCUCCAACACUUUAGUUUGCAAGAGUAUUGACUUUAUCUGAACUGCUGUUUUGAGAGGAGGGAGGUUUGGCAAGUUUUCACUUGGUUUGAAGCAACCUCUUCUCAUUAUCAAAUAUUUAUACUGUUGUUGUUUUUUUCAUGCGUGGAUAGCAUAUAAGGUUUGACCCAACUUCUCGCUCCACUUGGUGGAGAAAUGUCAGAAAAUCUCAACGACAAUAUGGUCAAGUUCCUUUCCCUCCCUCCGAAGAACAUCAACUGCUCCAGCUCAGACACGCUGGUGGGCGAGCGUCUAGGGGUCGAGGUCCGCCGUCGCCACCACACCAUGGAGCGAGAACUACUGAAGGCAGAGCACCGUUUCUUUCGGCGCAGCGUCAUCAAUGACUCCAAUGCUACAGCGCUGGAGCUGCCCAGCAAGAACGCAAUCCUAACCAUCUCAACUGACUCCCAUGCUCUUGUUUGUGAACCUCCUGCCUUGGAAACCAAAAUCCCUUCGGUGGCCACACAAUCUGAAGGUUUGGUUGCACCAGAAAAGGAAGAUGACGGUGUUGAGACAGCCAUAGAGUCAAUGCUAGUGUUGAUUGCGAAUACUACACAUCUUCUUUCUGCAGAAGCACCACGUUUCGUUGCAGAGUUGAAGCCUGGAGAUAGUGCUGAUGCAAAACUAGAGGAUGAGAAAGAGGAGGGUGAUGAAGGUAAAGAGAAGGCACGAGCUAAGACCGAUUUGCGGGAUGCGAAGGCAGAGCUAGAGGACAAUGAGGAAGUUGAGACAAAUGCAGUCGGGACGUCGCCAGAUGGCCGGUUCUUAAAGUUCGACAUUGAGAUUGGACGUGGCUCUUUUAAGACAGUCUACAAGGGUCUGGAUACUGAAACCACAGUGGAGGUGGCAUGGUGCGAGUUGCAGGAUCGCAAGUUGUCCAAGUCAGAGCGGCAGCGUUUUAAAGAGGAAGCCGGAAUGCUGAAGGGUCUUCAGCAUCCCAACAUAGUACGCUUCUACGACUCCUGGGAGUCAUCCUUGAAAGGGAGGAAGUGUAUUGUCCUGGUGACUGAACUCAUGACAUCUGGGACACUCAAGACGUAUCUAAAACGGUUUAAGGAAAUGAAGAUCAAAGUCCUGCGCAGCUGGUGCCGGCAGAUUCUGAAGGGGCUGCACUUCCUUCAUACUAGGUCGCCUCCCAUCAUCCACCGGGACCUCAAGUGUGACAACAUCUUCAUCACCGGACCUACUGGAUCUGUCAAGAUUGGAGACUUGGGUCUGGCUACCCUCAAGAGGGCCUCCUUUGCCAAGAGCGUCAUAGGUACCCCUGAGUUCAUGGCGCCUGAGAUGUAUGAGGAGAAGUAUGACGAGUCCGUGGAUGUGUAUGCCUUUGGGAUGUGUAUGCUGGAGAUGGCUACUUCUGAGUACCCGUACUCCGAGUGUCAGAAUGCAGCUCAGAUCUAUCGCAGAGUCACCAGCGGGGUAAAGCCUGGCAGUUUUGACAAAGUGGCUAUUCCAGAAGUGAAGGAGAUCAUUGAGGGUUGCAUACGUCAGAAUAAAGACGAGAGGUAUUGCAUCAAGGACCUCCUAAGUCAUGCUUUUUUCCAGGAGGAAACUGGUGUUCGUGUAGAGCUGGCUGAGGAGGAUGAUGGAGAGCUGGUGGCCAUAAAGUUGUUGCUACGCAUUGAGGAUGUAAAGAAACUUAAAGGGAAAUACAAAGAGAAUGAAGCCAUUGAGUUUUCCUUUGACUUAGAUAAAGACGUCCCAGAUGAUGUUGCCCAAGAAAUGGUCGAUUCGGGCUAUGUUUGUGAGGGUGACCACAAGACCAUUGCAAAGGCCAUAAAGGACAGAGCGUCCCUGAUCUCCCGUAAGAGAGAGCAGAGAAAACUUGUUAGAGCGGAACAAGAAAAGAGGAAGUUGGUGCAGGAGAAUGACCCCUCACAACUUGGACCGUAUACUAACACCACAGCCAAGCCCCCUGGUCCCGCUCUGGCCUCAGUCAUUAUUGAGUCUGAAGAACAUGAAGCAGACCAGCAACUGCAGCAGCCUGGAGCCUCUGCUUCCAGUUCAGCGUCUGUCCCUGAGACUCAGCCUGCCCAGCCAGGCACAUCUUUCAGCACCGUACAGCCUGAUCCGCAGCCACAGCACACCAUGACCCAUCCACAAAGCAUGUCACAGCACCCAGCCCAGGCCCCUCUGCAGCAGCCGAGCAGUACUUUGACCCCGGGUCCCAUCGCCCAGACUGGAACUGCGGCCGCACCCCAGGUGAUGGGUCAGGCGGCCACUCUGCCCUCUGCCGUUCAGCCUGCCGUCCCCUUGCAGUACCAUCAGCCACCUCAGGAUGGCAGCGCUCCCCCUCAGGGCCCUCAAGUCUUACAGGCAGCAGUGAGUGUGUCCCACUCCCAACCGCAGCCAGUAGAGCAGUUACAACCUCAAACAUCUCUGGUUCCAGCCUCCACAGAAAGUGGUUACUCCGAUGCUGCAUCUGGUCUGAGCGAUGGGAACGAGGGCAGCCAUGAGGGUCGCUCUAUAAAACGACCCCAGAGCCGCUCUGUACGCAGUCGCUCACGCCACGAAAAGAUGGCCAAGGCCAAGCUCAAGCUCAAUGUGCUGAAUAUUUCUAAUAUUGGGGACAGAGUCGCUGAAUGUCAGCUGGAAACGCACAACAAGAAAAUGGUGACAUUCAAGUUUGAUUUGGAUGGAGAUAAUCCUGUAGAAAUAGCUGAAAUUAUGAUCAAAAGUGAUUUUAUCUUGGAAAGCGAGCGGGAGACCUUCAUAGAGCAGGUUCAAGAUGUCAUUCAGAUGGCAGAUCAGAAAGGAAAGGCUCAGAAAAAUAACCAAAAUCAGGUGAGCAGUAAUUUGGGCCAGCAAGUACCUGAAAUUUCAACAUCCAGUGUGCCUGGUGUGCCACCUAGUGUGGCAGCACAGGUUGUACAUUCAGCAGGCCGGCGCUUCAUAGUUAGCCCAGUGCCUGAAGCAAGACUUCGGGAGCCGUUUUUUGGACCUCCUUCUGCAAACACAUCAUUUGAAGACUCCAUACCAGCAUCUGAUCCCACAUCAGCCAGCAGUGUUCAGCAGGACCAAGCUAGCUUUGCCCCUGGCUCAACCCAGAUUUCUGUGGUACCAGCCACACCUGGAGGUCUUGCCCCAGAGAGCUGUAUCCCUCCUAUUUCUCAAUCGUUAUUCCAGAGCCCUGUCCCAGCUGCCACUGCAGCUCUGACAGUGGUCACCACUCAUGUUAGCACUCCUACACCAUCUACCACUCAGCAAACCAGAACAGGGAGGACAUCUCCUUCUCCAGCCCCAACUGAAUCACCAGCACGUAGACUGUCACUUCCCACCCCUUCCCAGACUCCUCAAAACGUUGUGGCUGAGAGCAAUGGCUUGGAUCAAGCUCAAACCGGCAUCCAGCAAGUCGGUCCCUCCUCUGUCCCUGUGACGCAACCAUCUACAACAGGAGAUGGUGAGAGUGAUGUACAGGGAAAGCCACCUGGAAUUGAAGACAUCCAUGCUUUAGACCAGAAGCUGCGUUCCCUUUUCAAGGACUCCUCACAGAGCUCCUCCAACCAACCUGAUGGAUCUGGAGAGACAUCCACAUCCUCCCCACCCAACACUAUCAGCACUAACACUCCUGGCUUUGUCUCCGGUGGAACGCCUUCCAGUUUGUCUCUCAGUUCCAGUGGGAACUUUGCACCUGGUGCUUUUGCCUCUAUUGUGACACGUACAAGCUAUGCCCAGACACCAUCUGCAGAUCUGUCCCCACAAAGGCCACAGACUUCUGUAUCUGUAACUCAACCAGAUGGACAGACCAGCACUGAGGAGAAAGAGCCAGCAACGUCACCACCUGAGAAAGCUUUCAAACUUGGCCGAUUUCAGGUUUCUGUGGCCAGUGAUCAAGACCCAGGCACUGCUCAAGAUCCAGCAGUUGUAGUGUCAUCUUCCUCCAUCACCCCUUCUUCAACAACAACAACAUCAUCGUCAUCCUCUUCCUCAUCAUCACCGUCAUCUCUCUCUAGCCCUGAAAACACUGUUCAUAAAUCUCAGACCCCUCCCAGGGUCAGCCCUGAACCCAUCCCAUCUACCACUACAGUCGGCCGCUUUGAGGUGACCUCCAGCACUGACAUCAAAGUGGGCUGCUUCUCAGUCACUCCAGCAGAAGGAAAGACCUCCUCUGUAAGCUCUGCUGAGGGACCAGACUCUGCUAAACAGUCUAAAAUGACCCCUUCCACCGUGUCCAUCACCAAUCACUACCUCAGCAGUGACAACGACACAGAACCAGAAGACGAGGGCUUUAAACGAGAGAUGAACAAGCUCAGGGAGAGACAUAUGGUCGAGAUUCAGGCAUUACAGAAUAAACAGAAGAAGGAAAUUGAGGAACUCUAUACAUGUCUGGGCAAAAUGCCACCCUCUGUGGUGGUCCCUCCCACCGUGGCCAUUGUGGCAGGCAGGCGGAGACCCACUAAGGGCAAGGGGACCAGGUCAAGAAGUGGUAGCGGCAUUGGUUCUUUUCAACAAGGGAACAAACAAGCUGUACAGAGUGGUCAAAUUUCAGGCAAUCAGUCAGGCACUGGAAAGACUUUAACAUCUGAAACCAUACCAGGCUCAAACGUUCAUGUGCAAGGGACCACAAGUCCAGUGAGAGAAGAGAACGGACAGAGCCAUGAUCAGGACCAAGCACCUGCUGCUAAUCUGCCACACAAGGGCACAUUCACAGCUGACCUCCAUCAGCUGGUUGAUAACUGGGCCAGGGAUGCCAAGAACAAGAUGCCACAGGUCAAGAAAGGCUCCAAAAAGAAUGCACAAACCCAUAAUAUGAUGCCACGGAAAUACUCUGCACCAGGUCAGCUUUGUUCCAUGGGUGGUCACAUGCCAGCCACGGUCAACCCUGCACCCGGGCGGAAGGGUUCACUGUGUGUGACCAGUCAGCAGUUUGUCAACACCUGCCCCUCCUACAGCAUGCCCCAGUGGACUCAGGCGGGCCCGCUGUCAUCCAGCACUCCCCCUGCAGGACUACAGCAGGGCUUCCUCAUACCCUCAGGAGCUCACCAGUCUGGAAACAACUGCGGGUCAACCGAUCUACGCACCACUCAGGCGAGCUGAAACAGCAGGGUUGGUACAAGGAAGGGAAAAGCUGUGCCUCGUGGGGUUGAGAUUAUCGGACCUAGUCCUUUACGUGGACGUGUUUUAUCCGACAGUUUACAUUGGAAAGACUUUCAGGUCCAUAUAAUGUGACUCGGGUUAUUCGAAUCUGCUAUUUAAAGACUGAGAUGAAUGUGUACAUUUGAUAAAGAGGCACAGGAAGGGUUAAACUGGUUUAAGUUGUCUUAAACAUAAGAUAUAUAGCCUUAUAGUACGGAUACUGUCCUUAUUGUAAUAAAGUCAGGGAGUGUAAUACAGUGAUGGUGUUGCAGUUUACUUAGAGAAGAGAUACUAACAUGUUAGUGAAUGGAUGGAGAGAUGGAAAGAGAAGACAACACCACCAACACAAGCCUGAAUGUGUAUCCUACAUACAAGCCUAGAUUGUUGGAAGAUGGAUAAAGAAGGUAGGUAGGAAUGUUGGGAGUAACGCCAUUUUAGAUACAAGUAUUGGGGGACUUCUGUCCUAAUUUGCUUAUGUUGGAGUUGGUAAUGAAAGGAAGAGGAUGUGCAAUUGAGGGAGGUUUAAGCAGGGUUUUAUAGCUCUUCAUCCUUGCACGUAUUUCAUAGCAUUGUUCAUUUGUGACCUUUUUUUUUAUAUAAUUUACAAUAAUACAGUGCAUCUUAUAUAGUCACCACUAUUCCCUGUCCACACCUUUUUUGUAUGUAAGUGGAUAGAAGGCUUAAUUUGGAUAAGGGUGAGCAUCUUGUAUGCAUAUUGAUGAAGGCAUAUUUCUUCAAACAAUCACGUUGUUUUCAAUUUGAAUGAAGCUAGCCUUAAACCACAGGAUUAUGUCUUCCCCUGUCUUUAAAAUGGCACACAACCGUUACAGCCCAUGCUGUAGUAAAUGAAAUACUUGAUUUUGAACUUGGUUGCGAAAAUAUUUAAUAUGGUGCAUUUGACUGCAGCAACACAGAAGUACAGUAUUAAACUACAGCACCUCAACCAGUUUGUUGAUAUCACUCCCCCAAACCAUUUUUUCUAUCUUUUUCAUUAUAUACAUAAAUUGAGUGCCAAUUGUUUGCGGAAGUGACGUCCUGUCACCUCUAAAAUGAU